UACAACAGUCAAAAGAAAAACAAAUAAAAUACGUUUGUUUUUAAGUUUUUAUAUAUUCAUAGUAAUAUAAUCCGGGAACUUUACAUUUAUGUCGAUAAAUAAUACUGUAAUAUGAAUAAGUUUAAAAACAAGGUACAUUACGAAUCCCCUUGUGAUUCUGAUAAUGAUUGGACUGAUUCUACCGGCGACUCCAAAUACUCCGAUUCGGAAAGUUCGGUUCCAGAGUGGGAUUCUGAUGUUGGUGAAGAUGGAGAGUUAGUUUUUAUUAAAGUAAAAAAUAAUGCUAACGACGAACUUAAUGCUCCACUUUUGGAAAACUGCGAAACUUUUAAGUUAAGAAGCGACUUUAAGAGGUCUUCAACAAGACGGUCCACUAAAGGUAGAAUUUUUAAAGCUUUAAAAAGCCGCAAAGGAAAAUAUGACAAUACAAGUGGCAAAAUUAAUGAAUAUGAAAAUACAGUCAGUAAAAAUUCUUUAGAAGAUAAUAAUAAAUUUGUUAUCAUACAGGUUAGCAAGAAUAUGAUAUUUAACAGUGAAAAGAACUGUCAAAUAGAAAAAUUAUUUGGCAUGAGUUUAGAGACUCAUAUGGAUGGGAAGACAUUAAUUGUUGCAAAUUUCUUAACAGAAGCUAAAGCAAUAUACAUUCCACGAGUCAAAGUUGGUUAUUACCUUCUAAAAAUAAAUGGUAUUGAAGUAAACUCUUACAACAUUAAUAAUAUGCUACAGAGAGUAAUUGAAGACAUUGAAAGUCCAAAAUUAACAUUCCAAGUAGUAACUGAAGGAUUUAAUAUUGAUCUUGUUAAAUUAUUAACAUUAAAAAAUUCUCCAGAGAAUUCUCUAACUCAACUUUUGAAAGAUUCAAUGUGUUCUGUUCUAUAUAUAUGUUGUAAUGAUGUUGAGUAUCAGAAUAAUGAUGACAAAGGAGUGCUUUAUUGCUACCCUCGGCCAUAUAAUCAAAAUUUCCUUUAUAACACAAGAGGGGCAUAUGUAACACUUAAUCAUUUGGCACCUAAAUCAUUGGGUACCAGUGAACCAGUAGUAUCAACUGUUCUUUACAACAACACAUUAAUCAAUGUCACUUAUGCAUCACAUUUCACUGAUUUACUUUUACUGGCGGUCCCUAACAAGAAUUUAGAUCUUUUUUGUGCUAAAAAAUUGAUUGGAUAUGUUGUAAAAAUUUUGGAAUUCCUUUAUGGCUCAUUAAAAUCUUGCUUUACAAAGCCUAAUAAUGUAGACAAGUUAGAUGGUUUGUUUUCUCGUAUUUUCGUUCAUUUAUUGUUUGAUAAUUAUAAAAAUGCAUCUAAGGAAGAAGGAAAAGUUAAUACAAUGUUAUUUGAAGAAUUUGUAGCUUGUCAUGCUGUGACUUUACCUUUGGAAGUGAAAAUACAAGUGGAUGAUGCAAUAACAGAGUUGGAAGCGGCCGACUAUCGUGAAUGGACAGAUGACGUUGAAAAUUUUCAAAGGCUGUAUACUGUAAUUGGAGCGUGCUUAUACUAUUCUGGACACUUGUUAAGUUCACAUUUACGUGAUGAAGAUUUAGUAGAAAUCAAUGCAUAUUUAAAAUUUAACAGCAUAUUAAGGCUAAGUGCUGAAAAGGAGUUAGAUAAACUUGUUAUGUGGAAGGAAGUUUUUAUCAAAGAACAUAGAAGUCAGAAUAAAAAUGACAGAAAUGAGAAUAGAAUACCAGAUGGGCGUUGGUUUCUUUUGAUUGUAGGUAAGGGUCAUUUUAUAUUAGCCACCCUUAUGGAAGCCGGUGGAUGUACGGAAGAUGCGAUAGGUGUAACAUCCCCAUCUCCAUUUUACGUAGAGGAAUGUGAAAGUUGCUUGGAACUGCUUUACGAAGUGGGACUGCAUAAGUAUUUAGCUUCCUGGUUCUCGUCAAACACAUUACCUCAGGUUGAAACAACUCCUGAAUACUUGACAAAGUAUGGCAGGAAAAUGAGAGAUACUCUAAAAUCGGACAACUUAAGGACCACUACACUAAAAUUAUCUAAAUCUCAGCCGGACUUAAAGCGACGACACAACUCGUCUGAUCAAAUUAAUUCAGGCAUUAGUUCAGCUGACAAUCCUAUCAACAACUAUCAUAGUAUGAGCCAUCAUAGCCUAUACCAUCAAUGGUAUAACGGCUCACAGAAGAACUACAGACAUUCCAGUAAUUUAGACAUCAGUUAUUCGGAAGAUUCUAAUAGCUUGAAGAGUAACAGUGAAAUAAGUGAGGAGCGAGUGACCGGGCGUAGAGCGGACAGAGAACAGAAAGCUCGCCGUGACUCUUCUGGAUCUGAUUCCGACUGGGACAGACAGGAUGGGAGUAGAACUAGCGGGAAUAUCGAUAUGACAGAUAUCAGAAAAAGUUUAUUAAAUGAACUGAACAAUGUAGCUGUCCACAGAAUAACAGCCGGUGAAGAGAAUGUCCUAUUCCAUUUUGUACAACUUGAAUCAGAGAAAGGAGUUUUGAUAGCUCCAAUGAAAACUAUUGAAAUGCAAGCGAACAAUGUUUUAUAUUCUUACAUUAUUGCUAGCUUUAGGAAGGCCUGUAAGAAGAUACAUGAUUUACUGCAGUAUAGUAUGAAAUUUAAAAAGAACCAUGCCCCAUCAAAUCCAUUAAAUAAAAUCCUAGUGGCAGUCAGAGAGUAUGGCAGUUUGUUUGAAGUACCACACGAAGUUCUAAACCAGUGCGGCAUCACUAAGAAGAAUUGUGAACCCUUUCUGUUUUGGGUUGUUGGGCGAGUUUUUAGUGAACCAGAACCAAGGGAAUUAUACAUAUGCUAUCACGAAUCUGUACCCCAAGAUCUAACAGAAGUGGCGCAAUUAUUAUCUUAUCUAGAAUAAUGCAGCAAUAUAGCUUUAAAGGCUAUAGCUUUAAAAGUUGGGUCCUAAUCUUAUAUCAAAAAAGUAUUAACAGAAUUUUUAAAUAUGAUAUGUGAUAUAUUCCGUCCAAUAAUGUGUAAGUUA